UUAUAAAUAUUUUAAAAAUAUAUAUAAAAAAUUAAAGAGAUGAUAUAUAUAUGUAUUUUCUCUCUCUCUCUCUCUCUUUCCUCGCCUGUCUUUAAAACGCAGGCUUUCGUAGCUGCACGAGACCAAGUCAUCAUCAUCGACCUCAUCGAAGAAACAAGGGUGAAGCUAUUGGGAUUGCAUAUAUAGAGGACUCAAAUGGUUGGGAGAGAGGGGUUGAUGCCUGAGGACUUGGAUUUGUGCUUUGAGAAGCUGAUGGUGUUUGGUGCUGGUGGGGGUGGUGGAAUUGAGGGAGCCAAGAUGGGUUGUGGCGGUGUGAUCACUGAAUGGAAGGACAUUCCCAUGGAGCUCUUGUUGCGAAUUGUUUCGUUAGGUGAUGAUCGAACCGUCAUCGUUGCUGCAGGAGUCUGUAGUGGUUGGAGGGAUGCUAUUGCCUUGGGACUUACCCAACUCUCCCUCUCAUGGUGCAAGAACAACAUGAACAACUUGGUUCUUUCUCUUGCUCCUAAAUUCACAAAACUGCAGACCCUGAUUCUGCGUCAGGAUAAACCGCAGCUUGAAGAUAAUGCGGUCGAGACUAUUGCAAAUUACUGCCAUGACCUGCAGGAUUUGGACCUCAGCAAGAGCUUUAAGCUUAGUGAUUGUUCUCUGUUUGCUUUGGCUCAUGGGUGUCCAAAUCUUAUAAAACUUAACAUCAGUGGGUGUACUGCGUUCAGCGAUAUGGGUCUUGCAUAUUUGGCUCAGUUUUGCAGAAAAUUGAAGUACUUGAAUCUUUGUGGAUGUGUGAAAGCUGCAUCUGACAAGGCGUUGAAGACUAUUGGGUACAACUGUUGUCAGUUGCAGUCGUUGAAUCUGGGAUGGUGUGAGAAUGUUGGUGAUGUGGGGGUAAUGAGUUUAGCAUAUGGAUGUCCCGAUCUUAGAGCCCUUGAUUUGUGUGGAUGUGUUCUUAUAACAGAUGAUAGUGUUAUUGCUUUGGCAAACAACUGCAUUCAUCUAAGAUCCCUUGGUCUCUACUACUGCCAAAACAUUACGGACAGAGCAAUGUAUUCUCUGGCUCACAGCCGAGUGAAGAACAAGCACGAAAUGUGGGAAUCCAUGAAGAACAGGUACAUGGAGGAAGGGCUUGUGAAUCUCAACAUCAGCCAGUGCACGGCCCUUACUCCGCCAGCUGUUCAGGCUGUAUGUGAUUCGUUUCCUUCACUUCACACAUGCUCUGGAAGGCAUUCUCUCAUCAUAAGUGGUUGUUUGAACUUGACGUCUGUGCAUUGUGCAUGUGCCGACUUAGCACACCGAGCAGCCAGUGCACUUCCUCAUCUGGCUCACUGAGCGGAGUGUGUCGGUGGUAAAAUCUGAAAGUUUCUGUUUAUUGGUUCAAAAAGGACAGAACAAUAACCUGUGUAUAUAUAUGGAUGUGUUGAAGACUUGGGUUUUGUUGUUUCAACCCGCAAUCCUGUGAAAUUGUUGUAUGCGUUUGCAGAGACUGGCUUUUUUAAGGCAUUUCAGACAUUGGUUUAGACCUUAUAAAUGGUGCAAUGACUCUCACUUUGGCUGGUUCAGACAUUGGUUUAGACCUCAUUAUUUUUUUU